CAUGGCCGCCAAGGGAUAAAGUAUAAGAGGACCUGUAAAAAUUUUCUUUUUUUCCCCACCAUGAACGAAUAUGAAGAAGACACUUGGAAUAUAGCAUCAUGGAAGGCAGAUAUCCCUGGGAAAGUUUCUUAUGUCAAGCACCUUUUGAGUUGUUCUCAGUUUCCAGAAUGUAGUAGAGAUGUCAUUCUUAUGUUAGAGAAAUAUUUCCAAGCUUAUGCACCAGACACACCUCCAAACCCAGGACUUUAUCUCUCGGCAUUUCUUGAUGAUGUUGUUGACUUAUACAUAUUUCACAGCAAAGGUUCUGGCUCAAAACCUUUGUCUGCCAUUCAGGAACUUCAGCUCUUAGAAGUUAUAUGUUCCUGCUUUCAAGACCAACCAUCUGAUAUUGUAAGAUGCGGAGUGUUUUAUCUGUUGUUUGGAAUAUCAAGUCAAGAUAUCAAAGAUGGAAAGGUUGAAAGGAAAGUUGAAAUUCUUACAAAGCUAAUCUCUAUGGCUGUGGCAUUGCAAUGCAACCUUUUGUUAGAAUCAAUGGCCACAUGGAUGCAGAGACAUCACCACCUGCCUAGUCUAGUGUUAAAAGUGACAUCAUCUAUUGUAGAAGACUACACAUGUCUUGUGCCAGCUUCACUGCCAUUCCUUCAGAUCCUUGCAUGUCACUCCCCACAGAUGGCCUGUCAGUUGAUGAUUGCGCUAAUUAGUUUGUAUCCUGUUGUUAGUUCAGAUAAUAAGCAAGGUGAAAGCUUAUCAGUUGGGUCAUCAAAUCGACCUCCCUUGGCUCUCCUUAGAGUUGUAGCAUCUUGGGUCAGUGAAAACCCUGAACUAUGUAUUAUGACUUGUCCUUCCAAUCUCCUAACAGUUGGAAGUUUGCGAGGAUCAGUAGCUCCCCCAGAGUCCACUUCUCUCCCCAUAGGUCCUGUGUUAGGCUUACUGCGUUGGGUAGUAUUGAUGCCAUUACAUUUAAAUGGCUUCACAAGCAACCUACAUGUGUAUAAGGAUUCUAGAGUGUUAUGCUCUCAGCUUCACCUGGCUAUAAUUCAAGCUUUUCUACUGGCUGGUAAAGAUAAAGAAGAUCCACAAGAUGAAAUGGAACUGGAACCUGGAGAAGUUAUGGAUGAGUCAGAUAGUCAGCAUCUUAUCAAAGGAACAGAUCUGAAAGAACUCUCUCAAGACAUGAAAAAACUCAUAGACAAGUUAGCAACUGUAGAAUUUAGUCACAGCAUCAUUGCACAACAAGUCCAGUUGUCAAUGGAUAGAUUUGCUCAAAUUUUACAAGUUGCUAUGGCAACAGGAUGCCUUUCUGCUGCCAAAGAUGAACUGCAAUCUGUGCGCGAACGUCUUCCAUCCAACAGGUUGCUUUCCACGGUAAUACAGAGCCUGGAUAACAGUCCUUAAAGAUUUUGGAAUCAAAAAGAGCAUGUGCUGUGGGCUCAAGAUGUUUUAAACUUGUUAGACUUGAGUGGUGGCUGUGGGAAUUUGUUAGGCAUUAAGCUGUACUUUGAGAAUGUGGUUUUACUAUGUGUUCAGAUCAAGCAUGAGUCAGGAACCGAGAGAAUAAAAACAUUUCUGU